AUGGCUUCCACCAGCACUCGCAGACCACCACACGUGUUCAACUUGAUGCGUCAACUUGAUGUACUUGAGCGAGCUGGCUCUGUCACCGCUGCGGAGUCGGCGUGGAAAUCUGCAGCCUCAGUGUCUCGGGCCUUUGACAUCGGAAAGGCAGAAGGCCAAGCUCUUUUCCAUUUGCGAAAGAAUGUGCCUCCGCCCGUAGUGGUUGCCCUGCGAGAUGCAGUUCGGAUUCGGGGCAUGAGAUGUUUCCUGUCACACGACACCGUGAGCAAGGAGGUAUUCAAUUCGGCGUAUUCUUCUGGCGUGGGGACGCUGAGUGCAUGGGACGCUCCACUUACUAACAAGGGCAAUGACGACACCGCACUGCUCUUGGUGCGUCGAAUGUGCUCUGAUUGGGAUAAGCAGCCUCCGACCUUGCGCAAGCCCUGGGGCCAUCGCGAGACUGUGGCAAUGCAUGCGAUUUGUGGUGGCUAUCUCCACUUUAUGGCUGCCCUGAAGAGUAAGGUUCCCAAAUCUGAGUACGAGCAUGUUGCCAAAAGCAUUGAUGUCCAGUUCAUGUCUGUUUUUCAACUGAACUCUAACUUUUGGCUGAUUCCUGCAAGGAGCGUUUCACAGGAGAUCGAGAACCGCAAUGCUCGAGAGCUUGAAGAGAAGAAUCGAGAGCUGAAGGAGACUGUUGCGAAGGCAACGCUUGAGCAGCUUCGAUUGAAGGUGAAGGCUGACUUUGAAGUACUCAAGGAACACCUUCCUUCCAAGCAGAAAGAGGCGAAGGAAGCAGCCCAAGAUGUUCAAUACUUGCGACAGCGGCAGCAGUAUGUUUUGGUGAUGCUCGAUGCUACAAUUUUCCCUGCCAACAGCAAGCAGUUGAUGUGCGCUUUCCAGAUUCUGACUACUGUGUUGGGGAUGGCAGGGCGCAACCUUGGGCAUGUACAGCUUCCAAUCCCACAGACAAACACGACGUCGGGGGCGCUGGUGAAGCAUAGAAGAGUGAUUGAAGACGCUCUUCUUACCAAUGGCUUUGACAUCACCAACACAGUGGCGGUGGUGUUUGAGAAGCCAUCUGAUUCGACAGCUGCAGAUCGUCGGGGUGGUGUGCAAACGUGCGUCGCUGUUUGUCAGGACCCCAAAGCAUCCCCGUGGAGCUUGCCAAUGUCCAUUGGACCCCUCAGCCUUGUGAAAGUCAGCGACAUGUUGGGAUAUGAUCCGGACAGCCGCCCCGGUGCCACUGCUCGGGCUGAACAGAUGCUCAGGUACGCUGAAUUCGGGCGAGCGCUUGUCACAAAGAAAUUGGACGGCAAGUGGCCUAAGCUCAGCUAUGUCGGGUUGCUGAGAGAAUCUCAAAAAGAUGUGAUCCUGCAAUUGGAGGAGAUGGUGUACAAUGCGUGGGACAACAGUGGCACCGCCCCAGCAAAAACACGACCACGAGAAGAAGCUCAGGUUCCACGUUUGACCGCGCUCUUGUGGGGAACCGAUGGCCCAUCGUUUCCGGAGUCGAUCUUGGGCAAGUUUGCGCCGGGGACCGAGCAACACACGGAAGUCUUGAAGUGGAAGAAGGACUUGGAAGACGCAUGGCCAAGAGCAGCAACAGCAGCGCCAACCACUGGAAGUGCUCGGCGAGCUCCGGCAAGGGCAGCGGGCAGCCCAGACUUCACAGGCACAGACGUUCUGGACCUUGCUCGGGAGGUGGAUCUGGCCAAGAUCAAGACGGAUGAUUUCGCAGAGGAGAAGUUGGCCCAUUGUCCUGGACGAGGCAACAAGCCAUCGAUCAUCGUCGCCAAAGACUUCAAAAUCUACCUGGCCAAUUUCACCAGCGAGGAGAUGGCAGAGGGUGAGGAGAGUGAGAUCCCGUACCGCUACGACAUCUCUGGGGUCAGCACUGGCAAAACAAAUUGCUACAAGGCGAACGCGUUGGCAGCUAGCUUCGAUCAUCAGAGCCACAAGACUUGGAGUUUGGGUGCUGUGUUCAAUGGGAACAUGCAGUUCAUUCCCCGGCAAGAGGUCUCGAAGAUCGCUUCCUUGGUAUGGGAGGUGCUUGGGCUUCUUUUUGUUUGGGUUCAUCAUUGGUUACACAAACACGUGGCUGUAUUUUUGUGUCUUGCGUGUUGGCAUCAUUCUUGUCGCUCAGGUGCAGUUGCAAGCUGGUGGCUCCACGCCAAAGAUUGUUCCUGUCAAGCCCAAGGUGUAUCUCACAUGCUCUCUUCGGUUGCCACCGUCCCACUUGGUGAAGCUAUGAAAGAUGACAGCGCUGGCGAUGAUUCUUGUAAAUUGAAGCCCUGA